AUGAUUUGCAGGCUACUUCUAAGCCUAAUCAUGAUGCAAAGUAUUCUUGCAAGAAUUGAUGUGGAAGACAUAAAAAAAGUCAGUAAGACCUUUGUUGGCGAGAAGCAGGAUGUGGCUAUUAACCCAAAAGGACCAUUGAAUCUGAUGCGUGGAUAUAUUGUAAACCGGAAUGGAUACAUGUACAAUAAGCGGUUUUAUUCCCCUGAAAUAGACACAGACUAUGCACUGUCUAAGAAAGGACUAUCUGAUGAAAACGAGCAAGAGUACAACUUUACAAGAACACCUGUGAAUGACAGGGUGCACAAAGAUUUGGACACAAAAUCCCUAGAAGGUAAGUAUCUUAGCACUUACCAUGCGCUGCUCAUAAAGAUGUUUCCGUCUGCAGAUGGGGACCUCUCCAUUGAGGCAGGAAGGUCAAAUGCACUUACAAACUUCCUAAGAGCAGAUCACGUUAAGAAAGACACAAAGUACAUUCUUGCAGCACUUCUUCUUCUUUCAGAGGGCGUUGAUGUUAAAAUAGCAGUAGACUACAAAGGAAAGAAAAAUAAUCUUGUCAUAAAAAGUAAGACAUGCAAAGAGAAAGAGUUUGUAAAUGUAGUAAUGCAUACUGCAGGUAUAGACCCAGUUACUAAUGAGCACAGCGACAGUAUUUACCAAAGUGAGGCGGCUGGAAUUGUCAAGUUCUAUAUGCAGUGCAAAGACAAUCCACUGCUAAAGAAAGAAGGCAAGUUUGCAAUGCCAGCCACAAAAGAAAAAUUUGAGAGUGGAAAGUUUUUGAAUAGCGCAGCCUUCCUUAUACAGACAUACAUCUACGAGUUCAUUGACACAGCAGAAGACUACAGGGACUUUGUGAAUGCAGCA